CAAAGGCGCCUCCCUCUGUUCCUCCCUGGGCUAAACUUUCUAAUUCCCUUCUUUGGGCUCCGAGGGCUAGAAGGAGCUGUGAGAAGCAGCCUUUGAGUUUGGGAGAGAAAGCAGGCGGAUCCACAGGCGGCUUCUCCCUCUUCUCUCUUCUGCAGUCGCCCUCCAGCAGAAGGGAGAAAGAGAUGGGAUUACUCCAGGUGCACCUUUUCGGUUUCCUAGCGCUAUGGGGAGCCGGUGUGUACGCCCAAGAACCGGAGUACAGUUACGGCUGUGCGGAGGGCAGCUGCUAUCCAGCCACGGGAGACCUGCUGAUUGGCCGAGCCCAGAAACUCUCCGUGACCUCCACGUGCGGACUGCACAAACCUGAGCCCUACUGCAUCGUCAGCCACCUCCAGGAGGACAAGAAAUGUUUCAUUUGCAAUUCACAAGAUCCUUACCAUGAGACACUCAACCCUGAUAGUCAUCUCAUUGAAAAUGUGGUUACAACAUUUGCUCCAAACCGCCUUAAGAUUUGGUGGCAAUCUGAGAAUGGUGUGGAGAAUGUUACCAUCCAGCUGGACUUGGAAGCUGAAUUCCACUUUACUCAUCUCAUCAUGACUUUCAAGACAUUUCGCCCAGCUGCAAUGUUGAUAGAAAGAUCAUCCGACUUUGGCCAAACCUGGGGAGUGUACAGAUACUUUGCCUAUGACUGUGAGAGUUCAUUCCCAGGUGUUUCAACUGGACCAAUGAAAAAAGUAGAUGAUAUCAUCUGUGACUCCCGCUAUUCUGACAUUGAGCCCUCGACUGAAGGAGAGGUGAUAUUCCGUGCUUUAGAUCCUGCUUUCAAAAUAGAAGAUCCUUAUAGUCCAAGGAUCCAGAAUCUCUUAAAAAUUACCAACUUAAGAAUCAAAUUUGUCAAAUUGCAUACUUUGGGAGACAACCUGCUGGAUUCCAGAAUGGAAAUCAGAGAAAAGUACUAUUAUGCAGUUUAUGAUAUGGUGGUACGUGGAAAUUGCUUCUGUUAUGGACAUGCCAGUGAAUGUGCACCAGUGGAUGGUUAUAGUGAAGAAGUUGAAGGAAAGGUACAUGGACACUGCAUGUGCAGGCAUAAUACCAAAGGUUUAAACUGUGAAUUGUGCAUGGACUUCUACCAUGAUUUACCUUGGCGGCCAGCUGAAGGGCGUAACAGUAACGCAUGCAAAAAGUGUAACUGCAAUGAGCAUUCUGGCUCGUGUCACUUCGAUAUGGCCGUGUACUUGGCAACUGGGAACGUCAGUGGGGGAGUGUGUGAUGAUUGCCAACACAACACAAUGGGAAGGAACUGCGAACAGUGCAAGCCUUUUUACUAUCAGCACCCCGAGAGAGAUAUCCGAGACCCUAACAUCUGCGAAGCAUGUACCUGUGAUCCAGCUGGUUCUCAGAAUGGUGGAAUUUGUGACCGCUACACUGACUUCUCUGCUGGACUCAUCGCUGGUCAGUGUCGGUGUAAAUUAUACACCGAAGGAGAGAAGUGUGAUAUUUGCAAAGAAGGGUUCUACGGAUUAAGCGCUGAUGAUCCCUUUGGUUGUCAGUCCUGUGCAUGCAAUCCCUUGGGAACUAUCCCUGGAGGGAAUCCUUGUGACUCCGAAACUGGAUAUUGCUACUGCAAACGUCUUGUGACCGGACAACGUUGUGACCAGUGUCUACAAGAGCACUGGGGUCUAAGCAAUGAUCUGGAUGGAUGUAGACCUUGUGACUGUGACGUAGGGGGAUCAUUAAACAACAAUUGCUCAGCAGAAUCAGGCCAGUGCCUGUGCAGGCCACAUAUGAUCGGUCGACAGUGCAGUGAAGUGGAAUCUGGUUAUUACUUCACGACCCUGGAUCAUUACAUCUAUGAGGCAGAGGAAGCCCACUUUGGCCCCGGAGUCAGUAUAGUGGAGAGGCAGUAUAUUCAGGAUCGCAUACCCUCCUGGACUGGAGCUGGCUUUGUCAGGGUACCCGAGGGGGCCUAUUUGGAGUUUUUCAUCGACAACAUUCCAUAUUCCAUGGAGUACGACAUCCUUAUUCGCUACGAGCCCCAGUUGCCAGAUCACUGGGAAAAAGCUGUCAUCACCGUGCAGCGUCCUGGAAGGAUUCCCACGAGUAGCCGAUGUGGUAACACUGUUCCCGAUGAUGACAACCAGGUUGUGUCGCUGUCGCCAGGAUCCAGAUAUGUUGUCCUUCCACGUCCUGUCUGCUUUGAGAAGGGUGUGAACUACACAGUGCGGUUGGAGUUACCUCAGUACACCUCCUCUGAUAGUGGAGUAGAGAGCCCAUACACCCUCAUUGAUUCACUGGUUCUCAUGCCUUACUGUAAAUCCUUGGAUAUAUUCACCGUUGGCGGCUCUGGAGAUGGUCUGAUCACUAACAGUGCUUGGGAGACCUUUCAAAGAUACCGGUGUUUGGAGAAUAGCAGAAGUGUUGUAAAAACCCCCAUGACAGACGUAUGCAGGAACAUUAUCUUCAGUAUCUCUGCCCUGCUGCACCAGACAGGACUGGCUUGUGAGUGUGAUCCUCAAGGCUCCUUAAGUUCUGUCUGUGACCCUAACGGAGGCCAGUGCCAGUGCCGCCCUAAUGUUGUUGGAAGAAAGUGUGACAGAUGUGCCCCGGGCACUUUUGGAUUUGGCCCCAGUGGGUGCAAACCUUGCGACUGCCACAUGCAAGGUUCCGUCAAUGCCUUCUGUGACCCAGUUACUGGCCAGUGUCACUGUUUCCAAGGGGUCUAUGCCCGGCAGUGUGACCGAUGCCUCCCUGGUUACUGGGGCUUUCCAAGCUGCCAACCAUGUCAGUGUAAUGGGCAUGCAGAUGAUUGCGAUCCCAUUUCGGGAGAAUGUUUCGGGUGUCAGGACUAUACUUCGGGUCAUAACUGUGAAAGGUGCUUGCCUGGCUAUUACGGAGACCCCAUCAUUGGUUCAGGAGAUCACUGUCGCCCCUGCCCAUGCCCAGAUGGUCCAGAAAGUGGACGACAGUUUGCUGAUACCUGUUAUCAAGAUCCUAUUACUUUGCAGCUUGUUUGUGUCUGUAAUCCUGGAUACCUAGGAGCCAGAUGUGACGAAUGCGCCUCGGGCUACUUCGGGAAUCCCGAAGACGUUGGAGGGGUGUGCCAACAGUGCCAGUGCCAUAACAAUAUCGACACAACCGACCCAGAGGCCUGUGACAAAGGGACUGGCAGGUGCCUCAGGUGCCUGUACCACACUGAGGGGGAAAACUGCCAGCUUUGCAAAUUCGGGUAUUACGGAGACGCGCUUCGGCAGGAUUGUAGAAAAUGUGUUUGUAAUUAUCUGGGUACCGUCCAGGAACACUGUGAUGGCUCUGACUGUCAGUGUGACAAGAUAAGCGGGCAGUGCCUAUGCCUUCCAAACGUGAUUGGGCAGAACUGUGAUCACUGUGCACCCAACACCUGGAACCUGGCCAGCGGGACGGGCUGCGAACCCUGCAGCUGUGACGCUACCCAUUCUUUUGGCCCAUCCUGCAACGAGUUCACUGGGCAGUGUCAGUGCAUGCCUGGGGUUGGAGGUCGAACUUGUAAUGAAUGUCAAGAUGUUUUCUGCGAUCCAAACGUGGAGUGCCAGGCUUGUGACUGUGACCCCAGAGGCAUUGAGACACAGCAGUGUGACCAGGCCACAGGCCAGUGUGUUUGCGUUGAGGGUGUGGAGGGUCCACGCUGCGACAAGUGUACCCGUGGGUAUUCAGGCGUCUUCCCUGAUUGCACUCCCUGCCACCAGUGCUUUGCAUUGUGGGAUGUCAUCAUCUCCGAGCUGACCAACAGGACCCACAAAUUCCUGGAUAAAGCAAAGGCCCUGAAGAUUAGUGGUGUGAUUGGGCCUUACCGAGAGACAGUUGACUCUGUGGAGAGGAAAGUCAAUGAGAUAAAGAGUAUACUUGCCCAGAGCCCAGCUGCAGAGCCCCUGAAGAACAUUGGAAAUCUCUUUGAGGAGGCAGAGAAGCUAACCAAAGAUGUUACAGAAAAAAUGUCCGAGGUGGAAGUGAAGUUAUCUGAUACAGCUUCAAAAAGUAACAGCACAGUCGAAGAGCUGGAUUCCCUGCAGAUGGAUGCACAGAGCUUGGACAAAACAGUCAAAGAACUUGCCGAACAACUGGAGUUUAUCAAAAACUCAGAUAUUCGGGGAGCCUUGGACAGUAUUACCAAAUACUUUCAGAUGUCUCUUGAGGCAGAGGAAAGAGUGAAUGCCUCCACCACAGAUCCCAAUAGCACUGUAGAACAGUCAGCCCUUACUCGAGACAAAGUUGAAGACUUAAUGAUGAAAAGAGAGGCCGAGUUCAGGGAAAAACAGGAGGAACAAUCCCGCCUCCUGGAUGAGCUUGCAGGCAAAUUACAGAGUUUGGAUCUUUCUGCUACUGCUGAACUGACUUGUGGAACUCCUCCAGGGGCCUCCUGUGCCGAGACGUCUUGUGGAGGGCCAAACUGCAGGACAGAUGAUGGGGAAAAGAAGUGUGGUGGUCCUGGUUGUGAUGGCCUGGUCACUGUGGCACACAACGCCUGGCAGAAAGCCAUGGACUUUGACAGAGAUGUCCUCAGUGCCCUGGCUGAGGUGGAACAACUCUCAAAGACGGUCUCUGAAGCUAAACUGAGGGCAGAUGAAGCAAAACAAAGUGCCCAGGCAGUUCUGUUGAAAACCAAUGCCACCAAAGAAAAAGUGGACAAGAGCAAUGAGGAUCUGAGGAAUCUGAUCAAGCAAAUUCGAGACUUUCUGACGCAGGACAGUGCUGAUCUGGAUAGCAUUGAGGCUGUUGCUAAUGAAGUACUGAAAAUGGAGAUGCCAAGCACUCCACAGCAGCUGCAGAAUCUAACUGAAGAUAUUCGGGAACGAGUAGAAAGCCUUUCCCAGGUGGAAGUUAUUCUACAGCAAAGUGCCAGUGACAUUGCCAGGGCAGAGAUGCUUUUAGAUGAAGCCAAGAGAGCCAGCAAAAGUGCCACCGACGUUAAAGUCACCGCAGACAUGGUAAAGGAAGCUCUAGAAGAAGCAGAAAAGGCUCAGAUUGCAGCCGAAAAGGCCAUUAAGCAAGCAGAUGAAGAUAUCCAAGGAACUCAAAACCUACUGACUUCAAUUGAGUCUGAAACUGCGGCAUCUGAGGAAACCUUAUACAAUGCGUCUCGGCGCAUAAGUGAACUAGAAAGGAACGUAGAAGAACUUAAGCUGAAAGCUGCCCAGAAUGCUGGGGAAGCAGACUAUAUUGGGGAAGUAGUGAACACUGUAAAACAAAGUGCAGAUGAUGUUAAGAAGGUACUUGACAGUGAACUUAGUGGAAAGUAUAAAAGAGUGGAAAACCUAAUUGCCCAGAAAACUGAAGAGUCAGCUGAUGCCAGGAAAAAAGCAGAAAUGCUACAAAAUGAAGCUAAAAUGCUGCUUGCUCAAGCAAACAGUAAGCUGCAACUGCUAAAGGAUUUGGAGCAAAAAUAUGAAGACAAUCAAAAAUAUCUAGAAGAUAAAGCUCAAGAACUGGUGAGAUUAGAAGAAGAAGUCCGUUCACUUCUGCAGGAUAUAAGCCAAAAAGUUGCUGUUUAUAGCACUUGUUUGUAACAAAGCCAGAAGGGACAGAAAUGGCUGAAACCAAAGUAUUAAAUCAACUGUAUUUUUUAAAUGUAGUUAAUACAUUGAUGAAACAAUGUCUACCUUUGCUUAUUUAAUUUUUUUAAAAUUGCCAAAUGUUUUUUAAUGAAGUUACAAAUAAAGUACAAAUGCGCUUUUUGUAUAGAAGUGCAUCUAGUUAGAUUUAUUUUUACCAACCUGGGGUUCCAUUUAGUUUGUUUUAUAAAACUUAAUACAAUCAUAAACAAUUCAAUGAUGGGGGCUAUGUUUCCUUAAUUCUUUAUUUUGUUACCUCCGAUUUCAAAGGAAAAUAGCACUAAGAAUUUCUGUGCUACAAAAAAGUCAUGUUGAUCUUUCCACUGUGCUAAGGGGGACAAAUUGAAAAACAGAUUAAGUGGUUUAAAAAAAAACAAAACACAAAAACAGCCACAGACUGAUGAAGGCUCGAACAACCUUGAUGCCAGAGACACAUCAAAUAAGACAGUGGCAUUGAGAUUAUGAAGGUCCUGUAAGAAAAUUGAAGUCUUCCUAUCCAUUGAAAUUGAACAGAACCACUAAGUGUGGGUUCAAAUCCAGACUCUUCAGUUUCUACAUGAUUAGCCUUGGGUACCUCUCUAAACCUCACAAGUCCUCAUCUGUAAAAUGAAAGGGCUUAGCUUCUGUCAGUGAUGUCAGACUCGAAUAGAGAUGUGUUAACUGCAUUUUGAGUUAGAAAACCACAAAUUAUCUGUUAUAUUUUUAUUUCUUAAAUAUUUCCCAAUUAUCAUUUUUAAUCCAAUUUGGGUCCCAAGUUUGACACCUCUGAUUUCCUUUUCCCCUCAUGGGUAUAUCAAUUUGGGAGGGUUAGGUUUGAUUUGGUAGAGUUAGAUUCAUAGACAAUAAAUCUGGAAUAAGGUUCCAAAACUCUAAGGACCUGAAAGUUGAGUAACCUUAGUACAUAUCUAAAAGGAAAAGAAGUAAAUCCUUAAUAAUUGCAUCUUACCUUUCCAUGGCACCAAAUAAAAUCAAGAAUGCCACAGGUAACUAACACUACUGAACAAAACAAGCUAAGCCACUAAAAUUCAAAAGUUAGACCCACCCUGAAUACUUAUAUUUAAGUGAUACUAUAUGUAAAUAAUCCUGUAUCUUAAACAUUUUUAUAUUUCUUUUAAAAAUAUGUAUGAAUAUUCAUUCUGAUUUCAUUUUGUAAGAAUUUCUGAACUACCACUACAAAAUUUUUCCCUUUAGGAAUUACUAGGUUUUUCUUGACUGAACAUACCCAAAA